GUAUUGUACUGUAAGCAAUUUUGUUUUGGUUUUGUUUAUUUUCUCAUUUCUGUCUCUUGACUAAAAUAAUAACUCGCGUGACUUGUUUCUUUAUUAGCUACUAAUAUGUUUAGCAAGGUAAUAAUCUGAUAUUAAUAAUUAACCUGUGAAUUGUGCAAUGGCACCCGGAAAAAAGAGUGCCCGAGGGAAACAUUCCAACAACCAACACGUUGAGAAAAACUAUGCAGAAAGACUUGAAGAUUUGAGUGUUCAAUCAUCGGAGGAGAGCGGAGCUAGUACAGAUUCUGAUGAUGAAGGCGUGGAAGCCACUUUUGUGGUAAGCAUGUGGGAUUUAAACCAUUGCGACCCAAAGAAAUGCUCCGGCAGAAAACUUUUAAGGCAUAACCUCAUAAAGAAUUUGAAACUCGGUCAGAAGUUUCAAGGACUUGUUUUAUCACCGGUAGGAACACAGUGUGUCAGCCCAAACGAUAAAGAUAUUAUAGAAAAGUAUGGUUUGGCUGUCAUUGAUUGUUCUUGGGCUAAAAUUGAUGAGACACCAUUUGGUCGAAUGAAGUCACCUCAUCCUAGAUUGCUACCAUUUCUGGUUGCAGCAAAUCCCAUAAACUACGGAAAACCAUACCAGCUCAGCUGCGUUGAAGCUUUAGCGGCAGCUAUGUAUAUCACAGAACAUAAAAAGGAAGCAAAAUUUUAUUUAUCAAAGUUUUCAUGGGGACAUUCGUUUCUAGAACUCAAUUCUGAAGCGUUAGAUAUGUAUGCAAGUUGUACAGAUAGUAAAAGUGUUCUUGAAGCGCAGACUAAAUAUUUGGAGUCAGUAGGAAAUGAAAAAGAUACAAGAAACAUGUGGCCAUCUAGUGACUCUGAAACAGAGAGUGAAUCAAGUAAAUAAGUGUUUUUAAUUUAGUUUUUU